GUCUGUUUCCCGCCAGGUUCAGAGAGCGUGAGAGGAUUCCGCGGAAAGCUAUGGGGGAGAUCGAUGAGUUACCCAGACCCCGGAUCAACACCAGCAUGCUGGCCCGGUACAUGGGGCAGCCCGUGUGCUUCGUGGGCCGUGUGGAAAAGGUUAACCCUUUAGGGACGUCCUUUGUUCUCUCUGAUGGAGCGGGCAAGAACACAACGGUGGAGUUAUCAGAACCGCUGGAUGAAGAGUUAUCCGGAGUAAUAGAAGUUGUCGGAAAAGUUACCCAGAAGGCGACAAUAUUGGGCGUCUCCUACAUCCCAUUUCGGGAAGACGUUGGCUCUUUUGAUCUGGGGCUUUAUGAUGAAGCAUUAAAGAUCAUUCACGAAUUUCCACAAUAUUAUCCAUUUGGACUAAAAGCAGAAUAAUCACAUGCACCAUGUGUCCGGCCUCUUCUAUGCUGCAACUCAUU